AUGCACAUCCAGUGCCCGCAGACAUCACAUCCAGUGAAGACAACAAACACAGUGUGGAAUCAAUUGACACACAUUUACCACACUUUCACACAUGAUAUCAAGUCAUUCAACACAUCACUCGAGGGACAGCUAAACAGUGAACGCAAUCACUUAAUCCAAAGACUGACACAACAAUCACAUCCAAGAAGUGGAUCAAAGAAGACGAGGAAACUGAAAGACAAUAACCCGAAGACAACGACAACAACACCGAAGAGAAGAUAUAAUAAGCAAAAGAAGACAAUAAGCGAAGAAUUGGACACUAAUUCUGAUCACAAUUGGGACACAAUAUCAGCGAUGAAAAGAGAAGUGGUGGACAACACCGACGAGACAAUGGUUAACAGUAAACCUGAGAAGUGUGGCGGCAGUGAUGGCACCACUCGUUACCGCUGCCAUUGGGAGGGCUGUGACAAGAGUUUCACCCAAAAGCCUAAUCUCGUCGGACAUAUCCGGUCGACGCACACAAAGGAGAGGCCCUUCCGGUGCGAAGAGUGCGGCAAACGGUUCACAACGGAAACGAUACUCAAACUGCACGACCGGACGCAUCAGUCGGUGAAGCGCUAUAAGUGCGGACACAACGGCUGCGCGUUUGAGACCAAUACUCCCAAUACACUUAAGUGUCACCGUUUGCGGCACUCGACAGCGCCGGCGCCCUAUCGGUGCCAAAUCGAUGGCUGCGGUCGUGAGUUCUUCUACCGACACGUUAUGGUCCGACACCAGCGCUCGAAGGCUCACAACCCGGAAGCGGAGGCCCGAGCGCUGGCCCUGAAGUACGCGUGCGAAUGGCCCGGAUGUGGGAAACGCGUUCAUUCCAGGGAUGUAUUGGUAGCUCACGUGCGGCUCAGACACACCAAUGAGAAGCCGUUUAAGUGCGACGAGUGUGACAAACAGUUCCCGACGGAGCGCUAUCUGGCCAUUCAUCACAAGUGGCACCGCAUAGGCAAACGACUUCGGUGUUCGUAUAAGGAGUGCCCGUAUGAGACCCAUCGCGCCGACCGUUUGGCCGAACACCAGACCACACACGACGGCACCCGACGCGUGAAGUGUACGCAAAGCGGAUGCGAUCGCAUGUUUGUCAACCUAAUGGCCGUCAAAAAGCACUGCCGAGUGUUUCACGUGGAGCGGCAGUACGCGUGCGAAUGGCCCGGUUGUGAGGCCCGCUUCAAGUCAUCGGAGACACUGAAGCGGCAUCAGAGCACUCAUUUAGGGAUCAAACAGUUUGUGUGCGAUAUAGAGGGUUGUGGUAAAGGGUUUGUCACUAAAUCCUAUUUAUAUCAACACAAGAAUCAACACACACUGCCAUAUGUGUGCAGUUGGCCCGCGUGUGACCGACGCUACGGCGCCAAAGACAAGCUCACGGAUCACAUGAACUCACAUCAGGGCCUACGAGUGGUCGACUGUCCCGUCGAGGGUUGCGAUAAGACAUUCACGUGUAAACCCUCUGCGAGACAGCAUUUGAGACAAUUUCAUAAAUUAAAGACAACCGAAGGACUGCUGCCGAAGAAGUAA